GCGGGAACAGUCAGAGAGGGAGGUUCUGCCGCGUUUCCUCUCCCGACUGCCACCCACGCACCAUCCACGCACGCACACACACACACGCCUCCAGUGCAUAGCCUUAUACCAGUGAAGGAAACAAGUGCCUUAAGGAUUCCAGCGUUGAGAGAGAGUGUCCUAGUGCCGAAGGAUAAGUUGGUAGGAUUAAUACAAGGAUAUACGUGGAAAAAAUUGAUAUCCUAGUGUUUAUGACAAGGUCCCCCGCCUCACGAGUCGCUUCUGAAGGGACUGAGACGCCCACACGUGCCUACUUACGUGCACUCACCCACUCGUGCAUAUAAGGUCACAGCCGCUUGACCUCAGGUGACCCAAGGUGACCCCGUGAGCCACACUGACCUCAGCCAUGGAGCGCAACAUUCCCCACGUGCUGGAUGUGUUCACCUGCUCUCCAAGGGCACGCCGACGCGCCCUCCACACUGAUCUGGAUCAGGUUUCAAAGGUGGAGGAGCAGAAGAACCCGGGAAGCGACUCAGCAGUGUCAGUAGAUUCCAGCGAAGACGAGGGAGCGAACAUCAGCAAAUACUUCGAUUAUCUCAACGAGGAUGACGAUAUGGGCGGCGGCAGCGCGUCCAGGAGGAAGAAGAAGAAGAUGCAGGGAAAGGAGAACCAAGGGAAGGAGAACCACAAGGAAAACCUGGACAAGAACCACAAGGAGGAGAAGAAUAAGAAGAAAGACGAUCAUGAACGUUCCAGCCGCAAAGAGGACUUCGAAAAGGAUAUCCGCCACAUUGAACGCCACCUAUCCAUGAAGAAGACGAUUAGGAAGAAGAUGAUGCGAGACCUCCAGCAGGCCUUCGUGGAGGACCCGGGCGAGUUCCAGCAAGACCCGAACCGCAUGGAACCGGAGAAAAAGAACAACAUCAACAUCCGCAACCUGACUAUCUCCAAAGGGCGCCUCUCCAAAUCCGAGCACAACUUCCUGGACAUGCUGAAGGACGAGAAGGAGGCGAAGGAGAAGAAGAAGGACCGCAAAGGAUACCGGGACAUCAUGAACAACAACAAGAACAGUAACAAAGGCGCGGUACUCAAUGACGAUGACUCUGGCAACGGUUCACCCUCCAGAGGUUUGAGUAAGGCGGCCAGCAAGGAGGACUUAAUAGAGGCGAAGGAGGCACCGAAGGAGGCACAGAAGGAGGAGAAGAAGAUAGGAUUUUGGAAGAAGUUAACAGGGAAAGGGAAGAGCAAGCGGUAAAUGUGAUAGGCUGAGUAUAAUAUGCCUACAAUGUUCUUAAAUCAACAGACUGUGAUAUCUUUUUUGUGCCUAAUGCAACAAACACAGAGACACACAGACACACACAGAUGAAAAUACCCUUUGUGAAAUUAUUAUUAUUAUUAUUAUCAUUAUUAUUAUUAUUAUUACUAUUAUUAUUAUUUUAUUAUUGUUGUUAUUAUUAUCAAUUUCCAAAGUUCCUCUUUUCUGUAUAUAUCUUUUUUUUUUCUUCAUUUAGUUUCGUUUUUAUUAUGAUUGAAAUGUGUCUCUGAAAUUAUCACUCGUUACUGACAUUAUUAUUAUUAUUAUUAUUAUUAUUAUUAUUAUUAUUACUCUAAGUUCCAUAAUAUUUAAUGCACAUAUUUUCUAGCAUUUCUCCUUGUAUUAUGUUCCUUUGAGUAGGGUAACACACCUGUAACACACCUGUAAUCACUUGUACAUAGGUAGGUAUACUAGGAAGGCAUAAAUAGGCUUAGCUGACAACCACCACCAUUCCACCACACACACGUCAUCGUAUACCACACAUGAUCAUACAUUUUCUUUUAAUUCCACUUAGCGCCUCGUUAUUGGACACGAAAAAAACAAUAACAACAAAGAAAAUGCAGUAAUAACAAUAGUCUAAAAAUAAAUAAUCUAAGAAACCUGUAUCCCGUUUUCCGUUUCGUUCCGUUUUCUUUCUAUCCUUGAAGUUGAUGUUUAUUUCCCCUUUUCUUUUAUUUAUUUUUUCAAACACUCAAAACCACAAGCUGUAAAAGAUCUCCAUCAUAUUUUUUUGUUUAAAUUGGAUUUUUUUUUCAUUUAUCUAAACAGUUAACUCAAUUAUCUUUCGUUUCUUCUUUUUAUCAAUUAAUCGUUUAUUCCUCAUCCUCUGAAUCACUUCGCUCCUUUCCCUUCUUCUUUUUUUCAUAUUCCUUCAUCUUUCCCUCUAUUCACAAUCAUUACCAACUGCAGGAACUCAUUAAACACUUAUGAUCCAUCCAUAAACGUUAUUAUGAGUCAAUCUGCGGUAGAGAGAGAGAGAGAGAGAGAGAGAGAGAGAGAGAGAGAGAGAGAGAGAGAGAGAGAUCGUAAUAGGCAUUGUACUUGUGUUAUACCUUCCCGUUUUAUUGUUGUAGUGCCAAUGAUAUAGGCGUGAUAGAAGCUUGAGUCAGACUGUAUAAUAAUAGUGAUGCAAUAGGUACGAUGUCUCCCGUACUGUAUAUGAGUGUACGAUAAUCUUUUUGCAACAGGCACCACGUCAUUUGUACUUGAUGUAACUGUAUAAUAAAGCUGCAAUAGG